AUGGCAUUUGUUCGCGCACUUGCGACUGCUGGACUGUCGACCCGCUUGGCAGCAUCCAGUACGCCCUUGCGGGCUUCUACUCUUUCGUUCUACCGCUCGCUCUCUACCGCUCCUCACAAGCAUAAUGUGCACGAACGCGAUCCUUUGCUAAAGGAAGCUCUGCGGGACCAGGCUCCUCAUGUCGUUUCUCCUGGUCCCUCUGCUCCUCGUUCCCCCUCUGGCACUGCCAUGUUCUCCGUUAGAGAUGAACCGGGCAAGGAGGGUAUGCGUUACGAGGAUGGUCCUAGUGCUAUCGACAAGGCUGUCCAUCUGUUCUUCUUCACUGAAAUUCUAAGAGGAAUGUGGAUUGUGUUGGAACAGUUCUUCAGGCCGCCAUACACCAUUAUGUACCCUUUUGAGAAAGGCCCUCUGUCUCCCCGUUUCCGUGGAGAGCAUGCCCUCCGAAGAUAUCCGAGCGGGGAAGAACGAUGCAUUGCGUGUAAACUCUGCGAAGCUAUCUGUCCAGCUCAGGCUAUAACUAUCGAAAGUGAGGCCCGCCUAGAUGGCUCGCGAAGGACCACGCGAUAUGAUAUCGAUAUGACCAAAUGCAUCUACUGCGGUUUCUGUCAGGAGGCCUGUCCGGUGGACGCCAUCGUAGAGACCCAAAACCAGGAGUUCUCCACGGAAACACGCGAAGAACUCCUGUAUAACAAAGAGAAGCUGCUGGCGAACGGUGACAGGGCCGAAGCCGAGAUUGCUGCGAACUUGCACGCGGACCACGUAUACCGGUGA